AUGGCUGCUCUCAAGAGCAUUGGCUCUAAAUAUACCUGGUCUAAUAAGCAGGAUGGAGGGGAUAGGGUAUACUCGAAGAUUGAUCAUGCUUUUUCUAAUGAAGAUUGGGUGGAUGAAUUGCCUAACACUAUUGCUGAAUUCCAAUGGGAUGUUAACUCGGAUCACUAUUAUUGCCUAAUUAAAACUCACAAACAUGGAAAUUUGGGCACAAAGCCAUUUAGAUUUUUUAAUCUUUGGAUUGCUCACAGAGGGUUCAAGGAUGUUGUUAAGGGUAACUGGAACAAACCUAUGGCAGUGAAGGGAUUACAUGGUGUGAUUAAGAAGCUGCUCCGGCUCAAGCAUGCUUUGAAAGCCUUCAACAGGGAUGAAAUUGGAGAUGUAGAGCAGGGAUAUCAUCAAGAUAAAGGUGAGUAUCAACUGGCCCUUACUAGAGCUCAAGCUUCCCCAACAAAUAACUCAGUUCAGGAGGCUAAAAAGCUUGCUGCAGUCAGGUAUCAACAUCACUCUGCUAUGUAUAGAAGCUUUUUGAUUCAACGUAGCAAAGUAACUUGGCUGCAGAAGGGUGAUGACAAUAACUCGUUCUUUCAUGCUUGCAUUAAAAAAAGGAGAGAGGAAAAUCGAAUUGUUUCAUUUCAGAAUGAGCAAGGGGUUGUAAUUGAUGAUUACAAUGAAGUUUUUCAACAUUUCCUGGAUCAUUUCAGGGUAUUUAUGGGAAGCACCAGUUCAGCAACGAGUCCUAUUAAUUCUCAAUGCAUUGACCUUGGUUCUUGUCUUGAUAUUGAGAUGCAGCUGAGACUUAUUAGGAAGUUUAGUAAAGCUGAUGUUAAAAAGGCUUUGUUUAGCAUUCUGGGCACAAAAAGUCCAGGCCAUGAUGGCUAUGGCUCUGAGUUUUACAAGGCAAUGUGGCAGGACAUAGGUGAUGAAAUCUCUGAGGCAAUUCUUGAGUUCUGUAACACUGGGAAGAUUCCUGCAAAGCUUAAUGAAACAGUGCUAGCUCUAGUGCCAAAAAUUGAUAUGCCUAGCAGUGCGGGGGGUUUUCAGGGUGUUAAGGGUCUUCGCCAAGGAGACCCUAUCUCCCCAUUACUAUUUGUACUGGUUAUGGAAUACCUCACUCGAUUGCUUCAGCUAGGGGCUCAGCAACAUGAUUUCAGGUUUCAUUCUUUGUGUAAAAGCCUCAAGAUCAUCAACCUCUACUUUGCAGAUGAUCUAAUUAUUUUCUAUAAAGCUAACAGAGGCUCUGUUCAGUGUGUUAAAAAGAUAUUCGAUGACUUCUGCAGCAGUACAGGGUUGAAGGCUAACCUAAGCAAAUCACAAGUGUACUUUGGAGGUGUUUUGAAUGAUAACAAGGCCAAUUUGCUUCAGAUAUUGCAGUUUGAAGAGGGAACAUUUCCUCUUAAAUACCUUGGGGUUCCUAUGAGGCCAACAAAAUGGAAAGCGACAGAUUGCGGAGUGAUUCUCAAAAAGAUUAAGCUAAGGCUUCACACUUGGGCAAGUACGCAUCUCUCUUAUGCAGGGUGGUCCCAACUCAUAACUUCUGUCCUAUUGGGUUUGCGGAACUACUGGAUGAAUAUAUUCUUGCUCCCCCAAAGUAUUGUCAAAGAGGUUGAAAAAUUAUGCAUGUGGUUCCUGUGGGGUAACAACGGUACCAGAAGUAACUUCCAUCUUACCUCCUUGUCCAAAGUUUUCUUGCUAAAAGCUUUUGGGGGUUUGGGUGUUGGUGAAGGAGCUAAGUGGAACAAGGCAAUGCUUGCUAAAUAUGUUUGGGCCAUUAGUCACCAACAGGAGACUUUGUGGGUGAAGUGGAUAAAUAUUGUCUACUUAAAAGGCCAAUGUUUUUGGCAAUACCAACUUAAGUCAGAUUCAAGUUGGUUGUGCACCAGAUCCAAGCUUGAAUUGACUGCAAUUGGUCUUUAUGGUUCAAAGAUUGGACCUGUUGGAUUGAAGAUAUGA